UCAAAAAUAUCUCUCUCACCUUCUUCUUCCUCUUCCUCCCAUUUUCUCUCUCCUAGGGUUUUUCUCUCUCCUCUUUCAACGUCAAUUCGAAAAUGAUGCAACCAGGACAACAAGGCAUGGUAGCUCCACCACCAUCAAUGGCGGCUUCGCAACCUUCCAUGGAUCAGAACUACCAUCAGCAGCAACAGCAGCAGCAGAUUCAGCUUUUGCAGCAGCAGCAACAGCAAUACCAGCAGCAAUGGAUGGCGCAGCAAGCUCCGCAACAGCAACAGCAGGCUUCGCAACAGCCACCGCAGCAGCAGCAGUAUCAGCAACAGCCUGCUGCUACCGCUGAGGACGUUCGUACGCUUUGGAUUGGAGAUCUGCAGUAUUGGAUGGAUGAGAAUUAUAUUCGUAAUUGUUUCGCUCAUACCGGCGAGCUUUCCAAUGUCAAAAUCAUUCGUAAUAAGCAAACCAUGCAGUCAGAGUGCUAUGGAUUUCUUGAGUUCACCACUCAUGCUGCUGCUGAGAGAAUUCUACAGACAUACAAUAAUACCCUGAUGCCAAACGUUGAGCAAAACUACAGAUUGAAUUGGGCUUUCUAUGGAUCUGGUGAGAAACGGGGAGAGGAUGCAUCUGAUUAUACAAUUUUUGUGGGUGACUUAGCUACAGAUGUUACUGAUUACACAUUACAAGAGACUUUUAGAGUUCGCUACCCCUCAGUUAAAGGUGCUAAGGUGGUGAUGGAUAGGCUUACUGGUAGGGCAAAGGGCUAUGGAUUUGUUCGUUUCAGUGAUGAAAGUGAGCAACUACGUGCCAUGUCAGAGAUGAAUGGAAUGAUGUGUUCAGGUCGUGCAAUGCGUAUUGGAGCUGCUGCUAACAAGAAAAAUGUUGGUGGAACAGCUUCAUACCAGAACUCUCAGGGAACUCAAAAUGACAGUGAUCCAAGUAACACUACUAUUUUUGUCGGCAAUCUGGAUUCUAAUGUUUCUGAUGAAAUUUUGAGACAAACAUUCAGUCCCUAUGGGGAAUUGGUCCAUGUAAAAAUACCUAUGGGCAAGCAAUGUGGAUUUGUUCAAUUUACUAACAGAAGUAGUGCUGAGGAGGCAUUGAAAGCAUUGAAUGGAGUACAAUUAGGUGGACGUAGUGUUAGACUCUCUUGGGGACGUAGUCCUUCAAACAGACCGUCGCAACCUGAUCAGAGCCAGUGGAAUAAUUCUGCUUAUUAUGGAUAUCCACAAGGAUACGACUCCUAUGGAUAUGUGUCUGCGCCUCAAGAUCCUAACAUGUACUAUGGUGGUUAUCCCGGAUAUGGCGGUUACCCAAUGCCUCAGCAGGCACAGAUGCCAUUGCAACAGCAACAGUGAUCCAGCUAUGCUAAGCGCCUAAGCGGGAUAAGUUGAUAGCCAGGGAGGGUAUAUUUCACCUGAGGCUGCUCUUCUGGAGCUAUGGUCCUCUCUGAAAUGUCUGAAUGUAGUAUACUCUGUGAUUCUGCUAGUCAAAUUUUCUUUUCUUUUUUUUGGAUUUUGCUCAAUGCUGCUUGUAUGUAGCUUGCUUUUGGUCCGGCUCGCGUAAUGUUCUUGAGAUUUGUCAUACAUGGAUAUGGCUUGUGAGUUUUGAUCAUGUCAUGUGUUAAUUUUUAAAUUAGAUCUAUUUUUGAUUCUAAAUUUAUCUGUGCUGCCUUUGAAUCUCU